AUUCUCCUUCCUGCUCUUCUGGGUGGGGAGAGAUGCCCUCCCUAUGAAUGGUGUUCAAGCCUGAUCUCCUGGGAGGGUGCUGUUUUGGACAGGCUCUUGGGGUGACGCUGUGUGGCUGUGGAAAGCUUGGGGAAGCCAGGGCAUUAGGACCAGGAGCGAGAAGCACGCUUGGCUCCCCCGUUGUGUCUGGCAGAGGGCUCCUGCAGAGCUGGAAGUAUGUGUGACAGGAAACCCGGACAGCGCCUGCUGGCUUUACAUCUGUUGCUCUGACCUGACUCAAGGCAUCCAAAGGAGGAUGUCUGUCAUCUUGACUUGACUGAACCCCUCAGCAACUCACCCCAGACAGUCCGUAGAACCUGCACUCAGGCAGAGGGGGAAAGAGCAUGAGGCUAAUCACCAGAGCAAGAUGGACAAGAACAGGGUAAGAGGAGAGACAACAGCCAGAGACCCUUCUCAGAAGACACCUAAUACUCAGAGAGGACCCAGGACCCCAGGCUCCGGUGGUUUUCUGAUUCCAGGGGGCAGCCGGUCUUCCCAACGCUGUCAGUAAAUGUCUGGUGGGGUAAAAGGAGCAGGUGACUGGCACAAAACCUUUUGGCUGGAAUGAACAGCCCAGGUUCAGUUACAACCUUGAAGCUACCUGGAGCACAAGGAAGAAGCAAACUUGAUCAGGACCUGUUGCUUCAGGCUGGUGGCUGCGACAUGCUCUUGAGGAAGCGACCCAGGAAUGGACAUUCCAGGCUUCAGUUCCUCCUACUCUUUCUGACUCUAGGAUGUGUCCUGAUGAUGGUGAUCAUGCUGCAUCCUCCCCCGCCCACCCUGCACCAGGCUGUCACAGCCCAGGCCAGCAAACACAGCCCUGACAUGGGGUAUCGCCUGGACUUUGGGGACUCUCAGGAGUGGGUUCUGGAGGCUGAGGGUGAGGGUGAGGGUGAGGAAUACAGUUUCUUGGACGGCCUGCCACCCUUCAUCUCCCUGCAGGAGGAUCAAUUGCUGGUGGUCGUGGCCUCGCCCAGAGCUAGGAGGAAUCAGAGUCAGGGCAGGAGACACGGCAGCUACCAGCUCAUCAAACACAUGAGCAGGAGGCCGGAUGAGGAAGCCUCUGAGAGGGAUUGGAGGACAGAGGAGGAUGGGGAGGAAUCAGAAGAAGAGGCACUGACCCCACUUGGCCUGGACCCAGAUGGCCUCAACAAGCCACUCAGUGCCCGCCUGCCCCUGAGGAGAGUCCUGCCUGAGGCACGGCACCCGCUGUGUCUGCAGCAGCACCCUCCAAGUGGCCUGCCUACGGCCAGCGUCAUCCUCGGCUUCCAUGACGAGGCCUGGCCUACGCUCCUGAGAACUGUGCACAGCAUCCUGGACACCGCACCCAGGGCCUUGCUUCAGGAGAUCAUCCUUGUAGACGACCUCAGCCAGCAAGAACCACUGAAGUCUGCUCUCAGCGAAUACGUGGCCAAGCUGGAGGCUGUGAAGUUGCUCAGAAGCAACAAGAGGCUUGGCACCAUCGGGGCCCGGAUGCUGGGGGCCACCAGGGCCACAGGAGACGUGCUGGUCUUCAUGGAUGCCCACUGUGAGUGCCACCCUGGCUGGCUGGAGCCCCUCCUCAGCAGAAUCGCUGAUGACAGUUCUUUCCAGGAGCCGAGUGGUGUCUCCAGUCAUAGACGUGAUCGACUGGAAGACACUUCAGUACUCUGCAUCCAAGCUGCAGCGAGGGGUGCUGGACUGGAAGCUGGAUUUCCAAUGGGAGCCCCUGAGGGAGCAGGAGCUGAAGGCCCUCCCAUCCCCCAUCAGCCCUGUCAGGAGCCCUGUGGUACCCCAAGAGGUGGUGGCUGUGGACAGACAUUACUUCCAAAACACCGGAGCUUAUGAUCCCCUUCUGUCACUGUGGGGUAGUGAAAAUCUCGAGAUGUCCUUCAAGCAUGCAGCAGAGCACAGAGGGUCAGAGUGCAGGCUGUGGUGGGACAGGACACACAAUGAAAUGACUGCAGCAAUGCCAAAAUCUCCGAGACGGCACAGGUGAGGAGGAAUCCUCCAUCUUCAUCCAAGGGUACAGGAAUGACUCCAAGGACCUGAACCACAGGAAUUGAAUCUUCAUGUUCCCAGCAUCAGCAUCAGCGUGUCUCACCAGUCACUCUGGCAGCUCCCAUACUCCUGCAGCUGCCUAUACAGAAAACACAAACAUGCCCUCUUCCCCAUAUAAAAUACCUGAACAGGAUCAUGCCAUAUGCUAAUAUGUGGAGCCUUCCAUUCACCUAGGCAGAAGUAUGCCUGGUUGUAGGGUGCCAUAAACAGAGAGUUCCUUGGCAUCCAAAUUUUAAAAUUUAAAAUAAAAAGAGCAUUAUUUAAAUAAUUGUAUGGCAUACAGGGAUAUAACUCCCCCCUUUUUAUUUAUUAAUAUAUUGUUUUAAAGUUUUAUAACACCUGUUUUAUAAGGUAUAAGUCCUCGAGGAUUAACCCUAUUAUGUGAUACAGGAAGAAAUUGAGGACACUGAGGACUUGUAUGUAUAAUUUGACUUGUAUACCAAAUUGUCUCCAGCUAUUAUUGUUCUGGUGAUAGAAAGAAUGAGUUUGGCUAAUUGUUCCUAUGUAAGGCCUAUAAUCUGCCUGGUAACAUUGCCUUCCUCACUAAGGGGGUCCAGGCAAUCUAGUCUGAGUUCUUAAAUGGCCUAUAAAGGAACAGUACAUUCUCUGGAAGAGCAGUUAGUGCUCUUAAACAUUAAUUAGAAAUGUCAAGUCCUUUAAAUAUUGUCCAGAUUCAACCUUACUUAGAAAUCCCUGAGCUGGCAGGGCAAGGCCUGGAGUUGAGAGUGAGCAAAUGGAGUCUUCCUCUUUUCCUGGGGGUGUGCUAUCAACUCCAUUACCAUUUCCAAAGAGCCAGGUAAGAGUCUAUGGUUUUGUUCAGUCAGUUGCCUGAGCCAGAGCUCUGAAAGGACAGCGAGUUGUCAGACAUUCACAUUGAAAUCAUCACUGAUUUCAUGCAGAAAACUUGCCUCCAAUCAGUUGUAUAGCACAAAUAACUGUAAAAUUUGAGGGUUAGCAGCAUCUAAAAAAGGAAAAAUUUUCAUCAAUUGCAAACCAUAAGCCACACAUUGGCUAUCAGUAUAUAUGAAUUGAAAACUUGAUUUUUCAACAUUUUAAAAACAGCGUGCUGGAGCAAGGGGAAACUCAAGAGAAUAAACAUGUGAUCCAGUUCUAUAUGUUGCCUUUUCAUUAGAUGAACUAUCUAUAAAUACAGUAAGGGGCUGCAUGCACAAAUUUGCAGGAAAUACAAAAGCAUGCAUAAAGUAAAAUUAUCAAUUUUGCCUGAAAAAUUUGUAUAUGGAAUAGGUCAAAUAUCAGUAUUUUGUAAUAACCAAUUUAAUUGCUGUUUGGAAUAAGGUAUGUUUCACCAGGUUCCUUUUUAAAAUACUUUCAUGACUCUAUCUUACAAUUCUGUAUUAACACAACAACAGCUUCAUAACAGGGCAUUAAAACUUUUACUCGAGGGGCUGGGGAUUUAGCUCAGCGGUAGAGCACUUGCCUAGUGAGCACAAGGCCCUGGGUUCAGUCCCCAGCUCCAAAAAAAAAGAAAAAAGAAAAAAAAAACUUUUACUCAAAGAGGAAGAGUGAGUCCACAUUAGUGGUCCCUUUUUCCAAAGGACUACUGUGGGUACAAACAACCAACAAUUGAUCAUGGUCUAUAUAAUUAAUGUAUCUGUUGUUGACACAUAGCUUUCUCUGUUUUCUGCAAAGCUAUUCCUCCCUCAUCAGUUAAUUGUCCAGAAGAAUUAGGAUUUGCAUCUGCCUUAAGGAUAUCAAAGGCUUAAGUCCUCAGUGGUAAGCUUAAGGUGAGGUACUUAGCCAAUUAACAUAUCUUUAGAAGCAUUAAAAAUAAUUUCAAAUACUGAAAAGGAAUAUUGAAUCUUUUCUGGAGCAACAGAAACUCCCCAAAUAUUAAAGCUCAUUGUGAGAGUAAAGAUUUGUAGUAAAAAUUUCCAUAUACACUGAAAGAUUCAAAGUCCUAACUUCUUACUUUGAAGCAGCGACAAAAUUACAUUAUAUAGGGCUAUUAGCCAUUCUUUUGUAAAACCUUUUAAUGAUAACCCUUCAUGACCUCUCUAAAAUUAUAAGCAAGCUCAAAAUGAAAACCUUUCACAAUCGCCAGGAUGUAAAGAAACUGCAUGAAAACAAUCCUCUAAAUCUAUCUUGAAAUGGUAGUUGGAGUAGGCAAACAGGCUGUAAUGCUCUCACAAGUUCCAUAACAGUUUCUAUUUGUUUGAUUUUUUCUUAAUUACAAAUAAGUGUGAGUUAGCCAAUGUAACACUGGCAAUCGCUAACCACAAUCUUUUUUAAGUUCUCCUUGUAACACCAGAGCACAACCACAACUUUGGAAAGCAGAAUUCAACCUCCAAACAAUCUAGUCUCCAAAAUCCAGUUUCUUCAAAACACCAAGUCUAUCCCUCAUGCUACAAAGCUUGACUGCCAGUUCCUGCAUAUGAAUGCACGAUGGUGCGGCCUUCAAUACCGCAACCAAGAGACGUUGCCCUAAAUUUUUUAUAAGUCUGGCUUCUAGGAUAAGAAUUCCAUAAAAAAUAUUAUCCCAAUUUAGACCUGUUUCCCUGGGUUGGCUCAUCCCUCAUGUUGUCUAGAAUGACUCCAUCCAAAUUACCAAUUUUAAACCAACUUUCUGUUACCAAUGUUACAAUUUUUUAACCAUACCCAAUAACUUAAAAGCCAAUAGUCUAUAAGCAAGACAUGUAGAGCAUAUUUGUACAUUUAAAACCAAUCAGAAACAAAAAUGAAGUGGCUACACAUAUCUUUAAUAUUUAGACCAAUAUUUACUUUUUCUAGCUGUAAUUUUAAGAGAAGCACCUUGUCACAUGCUAAGUCCAAUAAUCACAGUCAGGGAUUUUUCUAAGAGAAACAGCCAUUAGCUCCCUUACCGUAAGCUGCUAGCGCCUUUAAGAUCAGCUCGGGCAGAAGCUCAGCCCCCGGGCAGCUUCUCCAGCUGACCUAGGCUCCUACAGGUGCAGGGCUCCAAAGGCCAAUUGAAACUGCUUUUAUUUGUUCCUUUUUUGAAAUGAGUUAAAACCAAAUCAAGGCGUGAAUGACCGGCAGAUAAAGUUUUUACCACUUUUUUUCUUUUGAACAAGAAACAAAAACCACAGACGUAAACUGACAUACAUGGGCAGCUUGGUGCACCAAGGACAAACAAUAGACAUAACUAGAUGGUGUCCCACCAAAGGGACCCAGAUAUCCUACCUAUGGAACCCAGAACCAGAAAUAAGCACUUCUCUAAUAGGAAGGAGCCAGCAAGGAGGUAGUACGUCUCCUGCCUUCCUUCUGUCCCUAGGAGAGCUCUGAAAAAGCUUAAGCUCAUUUUCUUUCUCUUUCUCCAAAGCAUCUGUGGAGAGUUAGGGAGGACUGUUUUUCCCAAACCCAUUCUCUCUCAUGUCUAGGGUGUAAACUUUCUCUAGUCGGGGUCCAAAGACUAAAACAUAACUCUAAAAGAACACAUACGCAAAAAUACUUUACCAUUACCUCAUCCCUUUUUUUUUUUUAACAACUUUUACUCAUGCUAGCCCAAAUCACUGAGGCCUUUUCUAGCCCUUCUUACCCCAAUAUGUCCCUCCUUCUUCGCCGGCCGGCUUUCCAGGACAAUCCAAUCUGUCAGAAAACCUUCUCUUUCCCGGUCUCGGUGGGACCUCCAUUUGUCAAUGCCCGCACCGACACAGCACCGAGAUCUGGGCGUAAGCCUGCGGGAUUAAAAAACCACAUAUACUCAGGUCAUUCGUGUUAAGAGAGAAUGCCAAAUCUGUAGCUUUAUUCACCGAACAUAUAACCCAAGUUCACUGGGUGGAAAAUUCCAGGGAGCACAGUGGGAAAACCCGGCUUAAGGCUCAGGAACAAAAGACCAAACACGUGCCCCAAAUUUUCUGGGGAGAAAUCCAGAAAGACCAGCCUAAGUCCCAGGAACAAAGACUGAGAACAAAAGACAGGAAUGAAUGGACAAUGGACCAUCACCCAGGUGUAUGCCCAGGUGUGUUCCUUUGUUAGGAACAAAGGCUUCUACAAGCAUCUGCAGGGCUCAGCAGGGGUCAAACACUGCAGGGGACCCAGGAGGGUCGGACAGCAGACAUAUUUUCCCGAGGAAGCAUUCCCUGGUAGGUGGAGUGCUGACCCCUGAACUGCUUUGUAUGCUGACUCUGUGCUUAUCUCCAGGUGGUAUGUUCGGGAAGUUGAUAGGUGUUGGUCAUUGCCUCUCAGUUCCAGUCUAGGACAACUGCCCUCUGCUGUCCCGCCCUACUGCCCAAACUCUCAGAUCUGGGAAGCACACUCUGAGCAUUUGAAAUAGUCACUCUGGCUUAUGACUUGCCCGUAUUCUUCCAGCGGCUCUCAGACAGGGAGGUGGGUGGGAGAAAGCCACUCACCUUCUCC